AUGCUGAGCUGGCGCUUCAAGUUUCGUGCUACAAUUUCCCACAUACAUUUGAGGCAGCAUAGUAUUGUGGUGCAUAAUCGGAGAGGUUCAAUACCAGAGACUAGAUUGCCCCAGCACUCCAAUGAGUUACCGGUCAGCUCCAAAACCCUACAAUCUUUGUCCGAAAUUUAUGAUCGGGAGAGUUUCAUUGUAUUCGUUGAUCAACUUCCAAAUUCUGCAUUCAGUACGUUCCUCAAAGACUGUGCUAAAUGUGACUUCAAUAUCACCAACAACAUGUAUAUGCUGGUUAGAAAGGCGCAAAAGAAUAUGAGAGCGAGGAACCUUGUAGAUUGGGCAUAUGUCUACCAAUUUCGAUUCAACCAAUCUCAAGUCGGAAUUUUGAACUACAAUCUCAAUUGCAAAAAAUUGCUCAAGAAAGAGUUUGUGCUGUUAUACAAUCUGAGCUACAUUAGCUGGCUAUUGAAUACCAGUCAAGAAGAGAAUGCUUCUCAAUAUGUGAUUCAACUCCUCAAAGACUCGGAGAUUCCGUUACCUUUAGUAUUCGAGACGCUACUCAAGACCAGGGAUACAACGAGGUUGCAUACGGUGUUUGAACACUUUGCAAAUGAGGAAGUUGACCUUUCAGAUGAAUUGUGGACACAAAUUUUACAAGUUGGUUUAGAAGUAAAUGAUUAUAAGAUAGUAAAAGAAGUGUACUUGCGCUACAUUAUGAAGGGGUUUUCGGGUGGGAGGAUCACCCUAGAAGAAGCUGUCUUGUCCUUGAUUCCCAACUCAAAUAAGAUGCUCAACUCAUUGACAAAUACACUCUUAAUGCAUGUACUUCAAGUAUUGGCCAUGCAUGGAGAUACUACCCUGACGAUUGAUUUGAUUGAAAGUCAUUUCUUUCACAAAGUGGUUGCAGGGGGCUCAGCUUUGAAUAAGGAUCUUUGUGUCAGAAUUAUUGAAAGUCAUUGUUAUAGCAUCGAAAGCAAUGAAUCAUCUUUUGAAAAUAUUUUGGAUUUGAUUGAUGUAUUUGCGAAAAAGGAAAUGAAUGGCGAUACGAUUUCUGCCGAUUUGUUCCAAGCAAUGAAUCACAAAUUUGCAAGCUACAAAUUGAAUAACCAGAUGUCCGAGGCUGAUAUCAUAAACCCACAAAGCGAUGGUCAAGCUCUUCCCCUAGCAAAGACUACUGUUCUUCAUGACUUUGUUGUUCAAAUCAUGAGCUAUGUCCAGCAUCUACAUCCAACAACAGCAAAGAUUUUCAUCGAUUGUUUAUUGAAUUAUGUGGCCACGUACUUGAACCACAGUGGGAUGGUACAAACACUAUCGGCAAUACAUUACGUAUCCCCUGAUAGCAUAAAAGAAUUGAAUGAGCUAUCUUUCAAUCUGAUCUUGUACUCCCUAUCCAAGUCUUCUUCGAAACGGUGUGCAUCACAUUACCUUAACUAUAUGAAAAGUAUUGGUUUUAAACCAUCUCCGCAGAUGUAUUCAUGGAUGAUAAAUUGCGCAUUGAGGGGCUAUUACGAACCAUCGGUGCUAUAUUUUUUAAAGCAAUAUUAUAAAGACCAUAUCACUUUGCGAGGAGUUAUGAAGCAAACUGUCCAAAACUUGCCAAACAAGGGAAUCAUUGGAAGAUUAAAGCAACAACUAAUCGAAAAUGAUAGCGUUGGCACGCAACUCAAUCUACUUGGUGUUGAUACAAAUGAGGAUAUUUUUUUGGCUGUAACUGGCCCGAAACUUGACCGUAAGUAUCAUGCAACUUAUGAUUUGGACGACUUGGCCAAGUUGAAAGUAAUUUUUCCUGUAUAUUGA